AUGUCGCUUCUUGCUUUGAGUACCAUCAAGUUUGCUGCUGCCUGGUAUCAACCUGCCGUAGGAACUUCCUGGCAAUGCGUCCUCGACCCAGAUGUCGGAUCUCUUAAUUUGCCUGUGGAGAUCUAUGAUAUUGACCUGUUCACCAAUGCCGAGUCGGUCAUCAACCAAUUGCAUAGCAGCGGGAAGCAAGUCAUCUGCUACUUUUCUGCCGGAACCCUCGAGCCCGAUCGCCCCGACACGGACGAGAUUAAAGCGGAUCCAGCAGAUAUUGGAGCAAGUUUGGCGGAUGAAGGUUGGCCUGAUGAGUCGUGGCUCAAUAUCCGUAGUGACCGGAUUGUGGAUAUCAUGAAGAGACGGAUUGAUACUGCUGUCAGCAAGGGAUGCGAUGGAGUUGAUCCUGACAAUGUCGACGGCUACGACAAUGGUGGCGGUGGCUUCACGCCACCUCUAAGCUCUUCCGAUUCAGUCACUUACCUACGAAACCUCACGAACUACGCACACUCAGUUUCCACAUCUAAACAUCACUCCUCCCGGCGUUCUCAACGCCUCAGGGAACGCUCGACAGGUAUCGGUAUUGGACUCAAGAAUGCGGGAGCCAUAGUCCAAGAUGUUGUCGGUUUCCUCGACUGGGUGGUGAAUGAACAAUGCGUUGAGUAUGAUGAGUGCUCCACUUUCCAACCAUUUAUUCAGAACGGCAAGCCAGUCUUUCAUAUCGAGUACAAAGAUCAGAGCGAGAAUGUCACGAAGGAUUGCUUUGGUCCGGAUACUAACGGAUUUUCGACCAUCAUCAAGCCGGAUGAGGAUGAUUUGCCUGCUGCUGUUACCUUCUGCCCAAGUUCUUAG